AACAAUCUAACCUUCCAGUAAUUUUGAUUUUUAAAAGCUAACGGUUUCUAUUUGUCUGGAGUGAUUUUAUAAAUCAUCAACGAUGAUUGGCAGAUGAUUGAAAAAUGUCGGUACGCGUGUCGGUGAAGACCGACCCGGUGACCAUCAACCGGAGCAAGAUCUUGCUUGUGGACGUCGAACAGGCCAAAAAGAAGGAGUUCGAACGAAGGAGGAAGCUGCGACUGCAGCAGGUAAGACAGCAGUCCAGAGACAUAGCCGGCAAGGUGAGGAAGAAAGUGUCUGUAGAGUUAAAAGCCAUAGAGAAAGAGGAAGAAGAGAAGAGGCAGCAGGAGAAGGAAGACUGGAAGAAGAAGCAGCUUGAACACCUCAAGCAGGAAUUCGACAAAUGCCUCCAGUCUGUCGGGUCUGCUCAUCAGUCCGCUUCUUUGCAGCCAGACGCAAAGCUGAUAUUGAAAGAGCAGAAGAAUGUCAUGCAAGCUGUCGCUAGGGCGAGGGGCUCCCUUGCCGAGGAAAAGGCCAAAAAGGAAAAACACGCCAUCAAGGAUAAAGAGAACAAAAUCGCCGAGCAGUUGGAGUAUGCGCGCAAAGUCGAGAAACUCAGAUCAACCAUGGUGUCGCGACUUCCGCCUGCUGUGGAGCGGUUUUCAAAACCUUCCAAACCCAGUGAAAAAUCCGUGAAAAAGACCAUAUCGAAAUCUUCAAAGAAGAAACAGACAAAAAACGCUGUAACAAGCCCUGUUCAUUCCCCGCGUAAACCUUUAAAGGACGUUCAGACCUGCACUGAGUUAAAAUCACCAAAUCAUAAAAUGACGUCGCCUUUGAAAUUUCAGGUAUGCAGAGAAAGAAACAGAAGCCUCACGAUUCCUGAUGAAGAGUUUUCUGAUGAUAGCGACGAUUCGAGUGCAACUUGGCCUCCGCGGUCGCAGUUGAGCACUAGACCAUCUCUCCAUAAGGUGAAACUUUACAAUCACAACGAACGGAAAACAACCGAAUAUUUGAAACCGACGACGAGCGUUAAUCGCAUAGGAGACGACUUUGACAUGAGAAUGGAAAUUGAUAAGGAAAAAGCGGAGAGAGCUGAACUUGAAAUGACCAAUAAAAUGAAAUUGGACAAAUUGGACAAAAGGGGAAAAGAGGCGAUGCAGAGAGAAAAAACAGAAAAAGAGUUCGAUCAAAUGUGCAGUGCCAUCUCUGAGAUCAAUAAACAAGAAAAGAUACAAAAUGUUUCCGCUCCACCGGGUUCUAGCUUUUUGAAAAAACCAUUUCAUAAUCAAGAUAGAUUACAAGAGCUUUUGAAAGAUUUGCAAGAGAGCCCUGAAAAGUGUCCGAAGCUUUUUGACAAACAGAAUAGCCACGAACGAAAAGCAGUAGACAGCCUCAAAGAACUUUGCGAUCGUUUUCAGAAACACAGGGAAAAACUGCUCCAUCCGAACAACCUGAGGAACCUGAGCCGUUUGAGCGAGUCGUCCGACGAGGAAAAUGAAAUCGCAGGUUGGAUGGAAGCUAAUUUACAUGCCAAACCUUCGCCGAAAAGUCCCGACAUUCAGCCUGUUGCUGAAAAACCGCCUUUGCCUAAGAAAAAACGGCAGGUGCCACAAGCCGAAGAAAACCAAGGCCGAGUCCUGCCUCAUUAUGACCCCCGACCGGCAAAGAUUGAAGAGAGGAAAGGACAGUCUUUAAUUACUGAAAAAAUCCACGUGGAACCUCAACAACCCGAAGCAUCAUUUCGGGAAGAAUCACCUCAUGAAACUUCUCAAGAAAAUGAAUCGCAGUAUGAAAAAUCUUCAGAGCAUUCACCGCAUCUUUCCGAGAGAAUGUCUACAAGUGUAAAAGAAGUUGUUUUGACACAAAAUCAAAGAUGCUUGGCUGAAAUUAUUAAUCAAAAGCAAAGAUCGCCGUGUUCGUUAGAGCAGAAUUUUGGAACUGUACUGCCUAAACACAAGCGAGUAGAGGAUGAAACAACAGAAAAUGAUGUUUCACCAAGAAGACAACUGUUUCAUGAUUCUACAGUUUCUCCGAGAAGGUCUUUACCGUGUGGUGAAUCAUUCGCUCCUGAGAGAUCAGUAAGACAAAGCUGGCCUCAAGAAAAAGAAAAAUCGCCUUCAGCCAGGGUUGAAAGAAUUUCCCUAGACCCUGAUUCAACAAGGUCUUCAUCUUCAGGGGAUAAUUACAGGGUUUCUGAAAGUGAAGUAGAAAACAUCUUCCGGGGUAGUUUUUCUACAGAAAAUUCUGCAACACCAAGGGAGUCAUCAGGUUCUGAUGCUGUUGAAGUCGUUGUUAGAAUAUCUGGAAAAGAGAAAAAGCCAAAAGUCAAGAAAAUUGUAAAAAAACCGGUUUAUGAAUCAACACCGGUAAACAGAGUAAAAGAACAAUCGAGUUCAACAUCUUAUUACAGUCCCCCAACCAAUCUAAGUCCUGAACAACAUUCUCUACUUAGCAACGUUCUCAAAAAGUUAGUCGUAAAAAAUAAAAAUUCCAAACUGCAUGACUACAUCGUUGAGCUUUUAAACAAGACAAAAAGUUCGGUGAGUGAACUAGGCGUAUCUAGUGUUAGCGACAUUACAGUCCAAAGUGAUAUAUGCAACUUGUCAGACAUCUCAUCUGUUAAUAAAAUAAAAAAAUCCGACAAAUUAAGUGUAAAAGAUAUUAGCAAAAGUAGUGACAGUACAGAAACGACAUACACAAGUUCCAUUUCUGAUGAUGUACCGCAGUCAGAUAUAAUAAACGCUUUUGUAAGAAGGAUAGAAAAGUUGACAGACAUCGUUGAUGACUGUAAUGUUAUUUUCACACAUUCGUCAGAUGAGUUUAAAGACGAAUCACUCUCAAAUUAUCCCCUUAUAAAAGAAACAGUUAAAGAGAAAAAGAAAACAGAUAAACAAUAUCCAGCGCCUGAGGAUUCCGUUCUAAGCAAUGAAAAUUACAUCGAAGAGAAUAAAUCCCAAGAGACUUCGGAUGGAAUUUCGAUAGGUGUACCUUCUUCUUUACACCCCAAACCGUUUCUUACCCAGGAGGAAGAAUCUUCAAGCUCAAAUGAAGUCCCUUUCAUGAGGAAAAAAGAGGCAAGGCCAAGACCGUUUGAAUUAUCGACGAUACAAGAAGUUGAAACACCAAUGUCUAUAAAAACAAAAUCUAUCAAUGAAAAGAACAAAGAAUCAUCCGAAUUGUCUGAUUUGACGAACCAGCUUAACAGGCUGCAUAGUUUUUACGAAGCUGAAAAAGAGCCAAAUUUGGAAAAUUCGGUCUCUUCAAUUUCUGAAAGCGAGUUCAUAACUGACAAAGAUGUGUGCAGCAUCCUAGAGAGCUCGUCGGACGGGAUUGAAGAAGUGUUUCGCAGCUUGGGGAUCGGUUGGGCGUUGUCGACGCUUAGAAAAACCAGGGAGAGGAACAAGCUGAGCAUGGAAUCGUCGUCGACGAGCAAUGAACACGAAAGAACUGCCUCUAGGAGCAGGUCGAAAAAUUCGACGAUAAAACAUUCAACUCCGAUCAAACGUGGGGUCAAAAAACUGACCGAUGCUAAACCCGCUAGUAAAGAAUUGUCGGUGCAAACUGACAGUCUCACGCCACCUAGUGUUUCUCUCAACCAUCCUUUCCUUAAGAAAUGACCUCAUUGUUACAUUUUGUUUAUAAUUUGUACAUAAUUGAUUGUAUUGUUAAUAAAAAUGAUUUGUUUUUAUUUGUGUAUAG